AUGCUAUCAUUUGCCAUACCUUUUUUGACUGGCAUUUUUGCCCCUGUUGGCUCACAUGCAGCUGCGGCAGGUCCAUCAGCUUGUUCUAAUAUAACUUCGCAACUGGGCUCAUCGAAAGUCAUUAGUAGCGAACUCAGUUUGCAAUAUAUUGAGAGCACUGAAUAUUGGAAUACGAAGCAAGAUGCGUACAAGCCAUCUUGUGUCGUCUACCCGGAAUCUGCUCAGGACGUCUCUGUGGCUCUUCAGGCGAUCCGAGCAGCUGACAGCCGCUUUGCAAUCAAAGCCGGUGGCCACAACCCAAACAUGUUCUAUUCAGCCGUCAACGAAGGUGUACUUCUUGACUUGAGCAACAUGACGGCAAAGUCCUACGACCCAGAGACAACCCUGGCUACAUACGAACCAGGUGGUGUAUUUGGCGACAUUUACGACUACUUUGUGCAAUAUAACCGCACGGUGGUUGGAGCCCGACUCGCCGGAGUGGGGACUGGCCUGGCUCUGGGUGGAGGUAUGAGCUACCUUUCUCCCCAGUAUGGCAUGGCCUGUGAUUCCUUUCGGGAGCUCGAAAUUGUUCUACCCGAUGGCCAAAUCGUUACAGCGUCCAACGAAUCGAACCCUGAUUUAUUUUUUGCAUCUCGAGGAGGAGGCGGGAAUGCAUAUGGCGUUGUCACGAAGUACACAGUUCAAAGUCGCCCUGCUGGCCAAUUCUACGCCGGAAAUAUCGUCUACGCCUUUGAUCAAACAGAUGCUGUCAUUGAUGCAAUUGGCAAUUUCAUUCAAUACAACACCGAUCCCAAAGCGGCCAUUAUUGGCACUUAUGAGAAGCUUCCUACCCCGGACUUGGAGCUAAACCUGGACGAGGCCAUCAUUAUGUUCCUUGUCUAUGAUGGGCCUGAUGCGGGAAAUGCGUUUUCGAACUUCACCAAUAUUCCUCACCUCCUUGACACGAUGGGCAUCAAGACUUAUCCCGAGGUAGUCAACAUGCCAAUUCCAUUCUCCACUGAACUUUCAGCUGGGGACAAUAUUUUCCGUGUUGGAGUUCACCGUCCGGAAGGAGACUCUUACCGAAAUGCCCUGAAUGAAUGGCGUAACUGGGCCGAAGACAACAAGGGCAAAUAUAUUCUUCUGUCACUAGACUUCCAGCCAGUUCCCAAAAGCUUGACAGACGCAAGCAAGGCCCAAGGUGGAAAUGCAAUGCAGAUGCCUGAUGGUCCGUGGUUUUGGUUGAAUUAUUUAAUCUCAACACCGCCUCUCAUGAGCGACGCCGAUUAUGAAGCUGUCCAGACCAGCUACCGCGACAUGGUUGCAGCGACCGGCAAUGCUGAAGGUCUCCCUCUGUUUAUCAAUGAUGCAAACCAUGAUCAGAACCCUCUCCAAACGUUCUCCACUUUCACAAAGUUGCAGGAGAUCAAACGGAAAUAUGACCCAGACAACUUCUUCGCCGACAAAACGGGGGGUUGGUCAUUUGCAUAG